AUGUCCGCUCCCAACGCAUUCAACCGUCGCUUCACCAUCGGCUGGAUCUCACCUCUGCCGCUAGAGCAGGAAGCCGCCCGGCUUGUCUUCGACGAGGUCUACCUUGAUCAGGAAGUCCGGCACGAGAACGCAUACUACCUCGGCGGCCGCAUCGGCGAGCAUCAAGUAGUGGUCGGCGUGCAGCGCAAGAUCGGCCUCAACGGCGCUGCUACCCUCGCUGGGUAUAUGCACAGUGGCUUCCCGAACAUCAGGUACUUCCUCGUUGUAGGCAUCGCUGGGGGUGUGCCAGCCUAUGGUCCAGCUGGUGAUGCACAACAGAUUGUGCUCGGCGAUGUCGCAAUCAGCUCUCCACGCGGUCACCACGGCGGCGUAGUACAGUAUGACAAAGGAGCAUGGGUAGACGAUGGCCGUCUGCAUUAUCGCGGGCAUACCAAUGGAAUUCCUGGCGAUCUGUUGGCGGCCGUCAACAAGUUCCGCAGCAAAGGGUGGUCUCAGACCAAUAUUGCCCCGACCUUGCAACAGAUGCGCAGCCGGCUAGAUGACGAACAACGCAGCCAGUACGAUGACCCGGGCGAGAUUUGUGACCAACUUUUCAAGGACGACUACAAGCAUCGAGGCGACCACCGCGUCGACUGCAAAGACCGCUGCGAUGCCACCCAGACUCUCUCACGCUCACAGCGCGGUGAUAGGGCAAGAAGAGUCUGUGACCAGCCACGCGUGCACUUCGGGAAUGUCGCAAGCAGCAACCAGCUGCAGAUCUCCGCAAUCGAACGGAAUCGAAUUCGAGACGAGCACGACGUUAUCUGCUUUGAGAUGGAAGCCGCAGGCGUGUUUGAGGAAUACCCCUCGGUGGUGGUGCGGGGCAUCUGCGAUUACGCGGACUCACACAAGAACAAAGGCUGGCAGAACUAUGCGGCCGCAACAGCGGCGGCGUGCGCUAAGCAGCUGCUCUCAUGUCUGCCGCCAAUUGUGAUAAGUGAAGUGACAGCUACGCUUAACGACUUCUCAAUCUCUUUCAGUCUACAAGGAAUUCCAGCAACGGAGUAUUUCGUGUCUCGCAAGCUCGAGAUGCAUCGUCUCACCGAGUUCUUCGCAACUCCAGCUCUACAGAAGCAGCAGCAGCGGGUGUUUGUGGUGUAUGGCAUGGGCGGGAUGGGCAAGACGCAGCUGUGCGCCGAGUUCGCCAAGACGAAUGCCGAGCGGUUCAGCGCGGUGUUCUGGCUGGACGGAUCGUCCAAAGAUGCCCUGCAGCGAUCGAUGGCAAGCGCAGGUACGCGGUCGGGAAAUCGUACGCAGGAAGCGAUAGCAAAGACGGACGUCGCGCAGCUGGGUAACGACUUCCGACAGUGGCUGUCGCUCCCGGGCAACACGGACUGGCUGAUAGUCAUCGACAACAUCGACCGCGAGUGGCAGGGCAGCACAACGGACGACCAGGCAUACGACUAUCAUGAAUUCCUACCGCACGCCAAUCAUGGGAACGUCUUGAUCACGACGCGUCUGAUGCGACUGCACCGACCAAACGCCAGCCUUCAUUUAGGUAUCGCUGACGAUCAGCUCGCAAAAAAGAUACUCGAGACACGCGCAGACAAAGUGGUUCCAAACGUCGAUCAACUGCUCCCUAGGCUGGGUGGCCUUCCGCUCGCCCUCGCCCAAGCAGGAGCGUAUCUACGCACGAGAGGGAUGUGCGUCUCGGACUAUCUAGAGCAUUACGAUGGGACGUGGGCCGAAUUGAUGCGAAAGCAAGAUCGGCUCCCACUGCAAGAAUAUGGGCAACGGAGCGUACUUACGACAUGGACAAUUUCGUAUGAGCAGGUGAAAAGGACGGACCCACUCGCGACCUGGCUGCUUGACCUGUGGACAUUCCUCUAUCAUGGCGACGUGUGGGUAGAGCUAGUACUAGCCGAGCAAAGCGAUAAGGCAGAGGCUCGUUCUGACGUGAGCUUAGCAUUUGGGCCAGUAACGAAGCUCUCCCUGCAGGACUCGAUCGGAACUCUCGUCCAAUACUCGAUGGUGAAUAUGAGCACCGCAGAUCGCGCACCCUCGAUACAUCCAGUCGUGCAUGCAUGGUGUCUGCACAGCUUAGAUAGAUCUACAGCACAACAACUUAGGGCAGCAGCGUUGAGACUUGUCGCCAGCAUGGCAGAAUCGCUGGGUCAAGGAGUCGGGAGAGACUUGGGACUUCGGUUAGCUGCACAUGCGAAAGUGAUCGGGGCAAGAGUAGCAAUGCCGCGAUCGAAUGAAGAGCAGCACGCUAGAGAUUGUCAUCAAGUUGCAUACUUUCUCAAUGACUGGGAGAAGUCUCAGGAGGUCGAGAAUCUGUAUAAGUGGGCGCUGCGCGGGUUUGAGAAUGCAUGGGGCGCGGAGCACACGUCGACGCUGGACACGGUCAACAAUCUCGGCCUUCUGUACGCGGACCAAGGCAAGAUGGCAGAGGCGGAGAAGAUGUACGUGCGGGCGCUGCGCGGGUACGAGAAGGCAUGGGGCGCGGAGCACACGUCGACGCUGGACACGGUCAACAAUCUCGGCCUUCUGUACGCGGACCAAGGCAAGCUGGCGGAGGCGGAGGAGAUCCAAGGCAAGAUGGCGGAGGCGGAGGAGAUGUACUUGCGGGCGCUGCGCGGGUACGAGAAGCUGUCAUGGGUCUCGCCGGCUCGUAUAAAAUUCGUGAAACAGUCUUUAUCAUCUUUGCGCGAACGACCGAGCCGCUCUCACAACGAGCAAUCGAGCGAGAGCAUCCCACGCAAUGGCGACAACUAUGCGAUACUGUCGGCGACACCUCUGAACACAGGGGUUGCAGAGAGUCCCAAAGCACUUAGCAAGUUAAUGCGCAAGAUGUGGAAACGCUCGUAG